GUGUGUGCACAACACAUGCGAGUGAGCGCUUAUUAUUUAUCCAGCAGCACCACAGACUCGCUGAACUCUGUGUGCCUUAGCAGCAUUACUCCCUCGAGCACCUCACGUCACGAGCACAUACAGAACUAUAUACGCGUGUAGCCGAACAAACGUCUGCACUGGAGUUAUUUUUUGUUCUCCACGAGGAAAAUGUGGACGAGAUCGGAGCGGUGUGGGAUGUGAAGAGUGUCUGGAGAGAGAUGUUGUCUGCAUCUGUCGCACACUUGAUCUUAUCAGCCUGAAAGAUCAAGUGCCCGGGUUACCCGUGUUCAAAGACAGUGGACAUUCUCACGCUAUCAUAGGCACGUGCUGAGUAAAGUACGGCAAAUGGCACGAGCGGAUUUAUGAAGAAAUAACGGACAUCGGUGAAUUCACGUACUAACGUUACCGUAGGCCUUUCUGCUAAACUUACACUUGCUGGCCAACAUUGCUCACACAGUAGGAGAAAUGGGUCUAAUUUUCGCCAAAUUGUGGAGUUUCUUUUGUAAUCAAGAACACAAGGUGAUUAUUGUGGGACUGGACAAUGCUGGGAAGACAACUAUACUAUAUCAAUUUUUAAUGAAUGAGGUGGUGCACACGUCUCCUACAAUUGGCAGCAAUGUUGAGGAAAUAGUGGUUAAGAAAACACACUUCCUGAUGUGGGAUAUUGGUGGUCAGGAAAGUCUCCGGUCUUCAUGGAACACGUACUACUCCAAUACAGAGUUCAUCAUACUGGUUGUGGACAGUACUGACAGAGAAAGACUGGCCAUUUCUAAAGAAGAGUUAUAUAGAAUGCUUGCUCAUGAGGACCUGCGCAAAGCUGCGGUCCUGAUCUUUGCCAAUAAGCAAGACAUGAAGGGUUGCAUGUCCGCAGCAGAGAUUUCUAAAUACCUGACCCUCAGCUCUAUCAAGGAUCAUCCAUGGCACAUUCAGUCCUGCUGUGCGCUCACUGGAGAGGGGCUGUGUCAGGGUUUAGAAUGGAUGACCUCAAGAGCUGGACUCAGAUAGCCACCAAUUCUCAUUAUUGGAUUGAUGGACAACAAUCACAGGCUCAUCCCAUUGGCUGCUUAUAUUUUUAUUUUUAACCUCUUGAUCAAAAAUGAUGAUUUUUGGCUGGACUCUGGACACCUACCUCAGCUGGGAUUUAUCAGUGAACUGAACCUUCUUCAAAAAAAACUUGUGGAUCAAUAUGUCAGGAGCAUCUGGAUUGCCUAAUGGGUGGAUAAGACAAGAGAAGGAAUUCCAAAGUCUGAAGUAUUUUUUGCUUAAAGAGAGACACUGCUGGAUGUUAUAUGAUGUAUGGGAAAAUUGUGUGUGUUUUUAACACGCUGGCUGUGGGUUGGAGAUUCACUGGAUGGUUAAAUUAAGUUAAUCAUGUUUUAUGUUGUCCUUUAUACUCUACUGGGAAGAAAUAAUUUUAAAUGGUUAUGUUCUCUUUUGGUUGGUUGUUUUCAUGUGGCUUUUUCAGAUGAGGAGCACUUUGGGUCAUUUGUUGCCAUUGGUCAAUUGGUGCCCACCAUCACCACUACAUAUCAUGAAGACAACACAUAUCAGAUCGUUUAGUACAUAUUACCUCAGUCAUUUGGUACACAAGAGGGUGCUCUUGAUAUUUGAGACGUGUCCAUUACAGCUUAAAAUGUCAUUUAUGAUGCAAUUUAAAGAUGGACGCCUGUCAGUGUAAGAUGUGUUUCAGGUAUUUGCGUUUAUUGCUGUAAGAUAAGGCAGUGUGGCUUUUUGUCUUUUAUGCAUAUUCAGUAUUUUAAAUUUUUGAUAAAAUGGCACAUGCUAGAAUGCAGCAUUUGGGAGGACUUAAUGUACAUGCUGUUACAAAUGUCUGUGUGCAAGCUUUGAUAAUGUCCAACCAACACUGCUACACUGCAGAUUAAGACAGAGCCCAACACUGCAGAUGAACUAGCAUGUUUUUGUCUGUAGGGCCAUUCAGUUACCAUGAGGAAAUAAUGAUUAAGAGAAGCUUAUUGAUAAAGCUUCCAGUAUUUAAAUUUUUGUUUAAACAAUUGUCAUUUUUACCCAAUCCCUUGGUGCAAGUAAUUCACAACAAUUAAAUCUAGUGUGAUGUCUUUAUAGGUCAAAAAGCUGUAACAGUUGUGUGUGCUUCUGAGAAAGUCAGUUACUAUACAAAUUCAUGCAAUUUGGUCAGACAUUUUACUCCUUGAUUUUGUAUUAUUGAUGUAUCCAGGUUGCAUAACACAAUGUGAAUGAAUAGUGAUUUUGCCAAAAUGUUUCUUCAAUCUGAAACUUGUCCUGUGUACAAUGAUUUUUCUAUUUUCAAUGCACUGUGCUUGGUAUAGGGAAAUUUUUACAAGACCUGGAUACAGCGACUACAAAUUGGUGCUCUCCCUACCAGCAGUCGGAUCUGUUGGCAUAGUUGUUAUUGGCUGCUGAUAUAGGAAAUCAAUCAAUCAAAUAGCUUGCUUUUGCUUCCUUUCCUGUUUGUUAGGGUUUUCUGUUGUGAGGCCACUCUUAAACUCUUUUUAUCAUAAUUACAAUUUCUUACAGUGGCUUCUCAGACUGGAAAAGGGAAUUAGAGGAAACCGCAAUGAAAUUAAUUUUGGCUUUUUGACCAUUAGCAUGAAAGAGUUUGUUUGGCCAGAUGUAUGUAAACUGCUCUCAGACCAUCUUUGCUUUGUUAGUGCACAACAUGGCAAACCUGCGGCCGGUUGAAUAAACUUCUAUUUUUUUCUUCAAGACAUAAUUGUUUUAGGUAUGUCACAUAUAAAUGUAUAUUGGUCCAAUUUCAAACAACAAGACUAGUGUUCUUAAGUCAGACUAGUUCUUAAGACACAAUUUUGCAAUGUUUAUGCAACCGGUCACUGAUAUCAGUUAAUUUUUUCUGUACCAUGUUAAAUGGAGGUACAUCGACAAAACUAUUUGAAAGUUAAAAUAUGGCUUACCCAGUACAAUGGGAGUGACAAGUUGUUGCAAAUGCUUUAGAGAAAUGCAAUAUUUUGUUUCUUUACUGAAGGUCAAUACAUUCAAUUUUUAAGAUGUGCCAUUUUUUGAAUGAGCAGGUGACAUCUGUAGCAUCUUACCUAAUUCUUAUAAUUUUAUAAUAAAAGCUUUUAUUUUGAAACCUGAAAA